ACGGAAAGCUGCAACCUAGAGGAAGAAGGCCUUUAGAAUACUGCGUAUAACGACGUGUAUAAACGUUAUAUUUUAAAGCAUAAAAUCCAACGCGCUCAUUAAAGCUCGCAAAAAAGCGCUAUAAUCCCGACGGUUUCUCGCGCGGGCACGCACUCGCACCCGAAAAUAACGAGAGCCGACGUCGAGAGGGUGAACUGUAUAGGAUGUACAAGACAAGCGGCUCGACGCGCGCGUUAUAUUGCGAGAGGGGGAAUUAUUAUAAAACGGACAUCUGUCCUCGGCGCGGCGCACACGUGUUUGGCGAGCUUGCGAUUUAGGCGAGCGGUAUAAGCGCGAUGAUUUGAAAAAAGUGGAAUAUUUUUUUUUAAAUAUGCCAAGGUCGGAGAUAGACAGGCUUUUUUGGCAUUUUUUCGUAUACAACAUGCGCUGGGGAAAGCGCUUUGAGUUCUUUAUUCAUAUCCUCUACUUUAAUACAACAUUGCCGCGUCGGCGGAAUGCAGAUUUUACAACGCUAGUUCCAAGAGAACUGCGAGAUCACAAAACGUCGAAAUAUCGGAAAGGUACUAUUUUACACAACGUUGCAAUAUUGUACGCAAGGGCGACUGUUUUAUUAAUCCCAUACAGCAGCUAGGUCACGAUGCAGGUUUUCCUCCAUACAAAUCGCACGACGAAACGCGAAACCUGCAGAUCGGACGGCUUGCGAGUACCGGCACAUCCAUUUGCACAUAAUGUCCCAUGAACUUUUCCAGUCGCGCGGCAGUAAAGCGGCAAACUAAUAAUCCGCGCAGCGCUGAUUUACACCUUGAUACGACAAGAGAAAUUACGUUCAUCAAUCAAAGCCGUAUAGCGUCAGGCGUCGGCCUUCUACUUUUCUUCUUCGAGACACACAGGCAUAAGAAACGUGCAGGUUCGGUUUUCUAGAAUUGUGCCUAUAUACGUAUGUAUAUCAAUAAACAAGACGGUUCGGACAUUUUAUAAUUGUGCUCGCGGCGUAUGAUCGCUUUAUUACAGUCUCUCGAUUUUCCCGCGCGCGAUUAUGUGGGAGUGCUAUUUUUUUACUGCACAUCAAAUAUUAAUUACGAGCAUUAGAUGCGUAAUAAUCGAUUACAUGCAGCAAGCCGCGAGGCCCCGAUUUGCAUGAAGGUUGUGCGCAGCGCCGAUAGGCGCCUAAUGGAUUAUUCUUUUUUUAAUAACCACUCGCCGACUCCUAUAUCUGUGCAUAUACAUGUGUAUAGACAGCGAGUUUGUUUAUUUAUUCGCGCGCGCGUGUAUUAAUAACCCAAGAAAGAGAGAGAGAGAGAGAGAGAGAGAGAGAGAGAGAGAGAGAGAGAGAAAGAGCGUCGCAACAAUAAAAGCGCUGGUACACGAGUUUGCAAGCGGCUGAAUAAUUGACAUGACGGUAAAAGGCUUUUCUCGGUAUUAAUCGCAUAAUUGCGGGAUUGAAAGCUUGCGCGUGUGAGUGUGUGUGUGUGUGCGAGCAUGAUGUUUUUGUUUUUGUAUUUUUUGCGAUAGCUUUAUCUUCACUCGAAUUUGGAAAAUAUUUUACCUCGUUCGCAUGCGAUUAGGAAUUUAAAAUACACAAAAAGAUGGGUGGUACUUCACAGUCCAUACGGCAAUCAAAUUUUUUGUUCAACCAAACGCCGCCGGCACCAGACCCUCGCGCGACAGCUCUCUCUCUCUCUCUCUCUCUCUCUCUCUCUCUCUCUCUUCAUUUCUUCACAUUAAAACCGCAGCAGCGGCGCAGAGUCGACCAUCCGACAAGACGACACCGAGAGAGCGCAAAGAUGCGGGCACGCCGCACAUCGCGCAGUCCCAUCAAUCUCUAUUACUUGUCGUCGGCGCGCGCACACACACACGCUCGACGGCCCCAUCAGCCUCGUCGUCGAAUUUGUCGUUGUCGUAUAUCGGAGGGAAGGCGCCGCGACGCGCAGACUAAACACCGCCCGCGCUGAUUGAUUCCCCAUCGAUCGUCGUCCCUUAUUUUUUCGGACUAAUGCUGUUUGUUUUUCUUUCCGGACCGAGGUGCGGCGGAGGUUGAAAAAGUGUGUUUAACGCGCGCGGACCGGCUGAUGGAUCGAGCGGGAAAGUUGGCUCUUUGUGCCUCAGGCGUUGUUCAAAUUUGGAAAAUGAAAGAGGUCGUUAUGCGCUUUGCUAACCGAUAAAACGAAAUUUCGUAAAUCCGUCCACUGAAGAAAGGAGGGCCGCGUAACGAAGCAGGCAAAAGUCCGUGUACAUAAAACAGCGAGAAAGAGCUGCGAGUAGCCACUCGUGGCGCUAUAAAGUGUGCUCUCGCCGCCGCGCGGCUGUAAAACUGUGGGCGCAUUGUGCGCUCCGGGGCAGGAAGCAUAAAUUUCGAGAGCGCCAAAUGUAGAGGAAAGAGAGCAAGUAUUCCUCGUCGCUCGUGUGUCCGUGUGUGUGUAUUACGUACGCAUAUACACGCAGGAACUGCCGGAGCGGAGCGACGCGCCUUGAGAGCUUGUUAUGAGAGGCUGUAUACUUGCUUUGUUCGCGUUAUGGCUUUUUUCAAAAUGUUCAAUUUUGAAAAAUGAACGUAACACACAACAUCGUUUAUCAGAAAUGAAUUAAUUAAAAUCUGCGCGCAGACCGUCGCUUCCAUCAAAGCUCGGCUAUAGCAACAACACCGCUAACGACAUCGUCAAGCCCGGCGCCCACAAUCCUCCAUACAGCCGCACGGCAGCAGGCCAGACAUCGGUCUCUCCUAUAUGUCCUAUACACACACACACACGCGCGCGCGCGCGCGCAGCAGAGAUCGAUCGUCAAUCAGCUAAAAACAGCGCAUAGCUCCCAAAGCAAACAUCCGCGCGCGACUUUGUUGCGCUUCUCGCUCGGCCGCUUAUUCUCGCGCCGCACGUGAAAAUAGACCCGCGAAAAUGUGAAUUAUUAUGCAACGCGCGAAAAGUAGGCGACGCGAAUGCGCUACGUCGCGGCCUAACUAGACUGAUGGAGGACUUCGGGGAAGAACAAGUCGUAUAUUUCAAUAAAAAUUCUCGCUGGCAGUCGUAACAUCGUCCGGGGCAACUUUUUGCGCCUUUUUCGUCGCCCGAUCGGGCACGGCAAUCGUAAAACGAUGAAUUAUCGAUGAAAAUCCGCUGAUAAUCGUCGUUUUUCCAGGUUAAUCUCCCACUCUUAUAGUGGCAGCGAUUCCCGAACGAGUUGUUGUGCGAGCAUAUGCAGCACUAAAAAAGCCGUCGCGUCGUAACUUAAUUCAACCCGCUCACCUAUACAGGAGAAAAUCCGCGCGAUCGUCCAUCGAGGCGUCGCGAGAAAAACACGAGCGGAAUGAAAAACGCCACGAGAUCACAGGCACGACAGCCGCCACCGCGCUAGAAGCGAACCAUACUGCGCGGCUUAGUAUAACUAACUAACCUCUCUACUCGUCUUUAUUUUCAUUCGCGUAUCCGUCUUUUGCAUAUUACGGGAGAGCAUGGAAUUCCUUUGUGUGACAAGGAGACGAUCUAUAGCUGUGUGCCGAUCGUGCUGGAGUCGUUAUAACAUAGUUUUCCCUUUAUUUUCACAAUUUACUCGUGCUUGAAGUAAACAUCGCAGGAUACCACCGCAUUAUCUCGCUGCGUAAUACUUGGAUAUAAAUUGAAUUACAAUUCGGUCGCGUAUAGUGGCUCCUUGUAUGUUUUGAAACUCUCGAAAAUACUGGGACUUUGCAACGCGAUUCUGGGAAGCAAAAAGCAAGUGACUGUCACUGGCUCAUCUUUUACUUUUCGUCAACGCCAAUUCGUUGCAUUCCGACGCGUUAGUCCGUGCAACGCUAUAACUUUCGGGUGUCGCGGCGGUGUCUAAAAAUAGGAGCGAUAAUUUUUCAUGAAACGUGAAGUAGUCUCAUCAAUAUCGCGGAUCAAAGGCUUUAUUAAGCGCUUUCGUUGCCCUAUAUAAUUUGUUCAAUUAUUCGAUUCGUCAAAAUCAGCAACUAUUGUUCGUUCCAAGCGCUCCUUUCACCAGUCCAGCCAUAGAGAACAGCCUCCAAGACAACGAUGCGUCCGUCCGGCCGCAGAUCGUAACUGGCCCAUAUAUGCAUCGUCGCGACGAUGUACAACCUGAACGUGAACGUGAACGCUAAUCCAGCCGCGUCGGCGGCGGGCCUGCUGAGCGUCGCGGCUGCGGCGGCCGAAGUGACGCCCCGGACGCCGGAGAUAGUCAACAGCCUCAUCGCCAUGUCGAAUCCGUUCGACAGCUUCGGCAGCACGGUGCAGAUGGGCAGCAACGGCAGCGCCAGGAGCCGAGACAGGGCCGAUUCCAGUAGUAGCGGCGAGCCCAGUCCGCCCAGCGUUCAGCACACUUGCAGUCAGCUCAUUAAAGAAGGUCUGAAGCUGACGCUGCAGACGAAGCGCCGGGCGAACGGCAGCGCCGACGAGGGUAAGAAGCGCAGCAGGAAGGAGUACGGCAGCGCCGACGACGAGGAGGACGACGAGUCCAGCAACAGCAAGACCAGCAAUGGGAAGCUGACCCCUGAAGACGAGGAGCGAAGAAAAAGGCGACGCGAGCGCAACAAAAUCGCCGCGACCAAGUGCCGAUUGAAGAAGCGCGAGAAGACCAACAUCCUCGUAAACGACUGCGAGCAUUUGGAGAAGCAGAACAACACACUCAAGUCGCAAGUUCAGGUGCUCGAGACGGAACUGCACAGCCUCGUCGAGAUGUUCAAUCGACAUGGGCCCACGUGUCUGAAGCAGGCAGCCUGUCCCGAAACGUACCACCAGCAGUACGCGGAUCCGGUCGGACCCCUCCCAAGCUACCAGGAGAAUUUCGUGGCGAACAGCCACCAGCAGAAUCAGCCGAGCAGCGACUGCUCGAUCGUCUCGGACUACGGCCCGGUCAAGAUCGAGGGCUUCGAGGCAGUAGCCCAAGACUUCUACCGACAGGGCAGCCCGUACACGGCCGCCGCCAUGUCCACGACGACGACCACCACGACGACGAAUCCUCCCAAUGCCGGAUGUACCGUUUAGCCCUGAUGGACGCAUCAGGAGAGUGAGAAGGAGGCGCUCGGGUGUCCUCGGCUUGACGUGCGGCUCAUUUGAAUUAUACGUUUCGUCGUCGUUAGCGUCCAAUUCUAAUACGUUUCUCACUUUUUAAGCCUCUUUUAAUUGACUUUGAUGCAUCGACCAAUUCAAGCGGUAUUAUCGAGAUACUCAAUUCCGAACCAGUGGGAGCCGCAAGUUCCGUCAAAUCGAGAGCCUCGAGCGGGUUGUACAGUAAUAUACGAAAAGUCGUGAGGACACCAAGUGCCUGCUUUAUUUAUCCGAUUCGACUUAGCGAGUAAGCAAAAAGUAAGGCAAGGAUAAGAAAAUCAAAAUGAUAUGUAUAAAUAUUGUUAACAUAAAGGAGCUAUCUCUCACGCGGGCAUUGCAUGAGCGCGAGAAAAUGCAAAAACUCUGCUAGGUUGUAGUUCAAAAAACUAGGGGCAACGAGACUCGCUUAUCUUUAUACUUUUACGAGCUUGCGAAACUCUCCUUUAUUAAUGCUGAUGUGCAUAAUACAUAUACAUAAUACAUAGCUAACUGUACGCGUAGUUAGAAACGGCGACGCUGGAAGAAUACGAAAUCAAAAGAAGAGAUGCAUCGUUAUACGUGAUUUAAGUUUAUAAAAAGUUGAAUUCUUUUUUUCCGACGCAUGUAUGCACAUUUCGAUCGUGUAACCGCGUAUACGCAUAUAUGUAUAUGAUUGAUGGCAACUCAUUCCUUCGCGAGGGGAAACUGCUUUCGCAUUCCAUGUUUGAAAAGAAAAUGUAUAGGAAAAGGGACCUAGUAACGAUAAUUCGUCAAAAUUUUCUCAAAUGUAAAACAUCUAGCGGUGUCAUUAUCGCUCUAGCGCCUUUCGAAAGACAUUUAAAACUUCUGACAUUCUUGCUGCGCUGCGUCCUUGGAUCUUUCACACACUUUUUCCCCGGCGGAGUAGUCUUCCUUUCCGAGUCCUUGACACUUUUGUCGGAGGCUCUCGUCGUCGUUUUUUUCUUCCUCUCUAUCUAUCCCGAGCGAUUAUUAAUGACGGAAAGGCGUCAACGCUUUUGCGUAUUCUUCCGUACUACUUAUAGUAAGUCACUGUAUUACAAACGUGGCGAAGCUGCAGACACUUUUACACAUUCCUAUUUCCUCUCUCUCUCUCUCUCUCUCUCUCUCUCUCUUUUCUUUCUUGUACUGCGCGAUUGACGGAAAAAUGGUAUCGUUUGCGCUGUACUGUACGACUUCAUUUUUUCAUUCAAAAGUACUUACAACGAGCUAAGUGGCUGUCGACCAUUUUCUCGGUAACGCUUUCAAAGUGUUGAGAGAAAUGGCACAAGUCCACUGACCGUUUUUUUGUGUUCGAUUUUUAUGCAACAAAGUUGCAGGCACAACAUUUUCCCGGCGAUCGCAGUCCAUAACUGUGACAUUCUCAAAGUCUUAUCAAGAGCGUAGCAUCGAACUGCCAUUCCCUGCAGUUUCGAGUAUUUGAGGAUUUAAGUUUAAGCAUAUUAUUAUUAUUAUUAUUAUUAUUAUUAUUACGUGUAAUGUCAUUAUAAAUCGCGAUUUUUUACACAGCUAUAUAUUGUAUAAUUUAUAGAUACGAAAAGUAAUUAAGAAGGACUACAGUUCAUCGAUCUAUCAUAUUUUUUUACGUUUUGAAAUUGUAAGGGCUUUAUUAUAUAAAAUCGCGUACUUCGCAGGCGAAUAUCGCAAGAAUAGUUUGUCUUUUAUAACAUUUCUCUUUCGAGAGAACGAUUGUCAGAUAAAUAAACAAAAUACAGAACCAAGUGAA